CCGUGUUGUCGAUCCAGUCUGCGCUCCUCGGCAGAAAGGUGCGAGGGGAGAGAAUUAAAGCGUCUCCACCAACCGCUUCGCUUCGCAGCAUCUCCGCUCAAAGCUACCGCGCUGCAGCCAGGAUUUUUAAGUCUUCGUCCCACAUUUUUUUUCCUCUUCCACGGAGUUUCAUAACUUUUUGCAUCCAAAGAUGAGUUUACACACGUCCCAGAGAAACCGCAAAUCCGGUUCUAGGCCCGACCUGAGUGGGGGAACUCAACUCUAUGACCGGAGUGAAGUGCACGGUGGUAAUGGAUACGGACAGGAGUACAUGGACGGCGCAGGAUACAAUACAUACAGCUACUCAAAGACUUCAAUGGGAGGUGGUGGAGGAGUACAGGGCCAAUCCACCGCCAGUGCCCUCCAACAGAAGGCCUACAUCCUGCAGGGCCAAUGUCAGGAGUACCUGAGGAAGGCAGAACACUGCCUACAGGCUGGUGGCGACUCUGGGCGUUCCACAGUCGAGGCAGAGCGCUUCAUGGCCAUGGCCAAAGAGACUAUAGAGCAGCUGAAGGCAUGUGCUCGGGACCUGAGCCACAUGGGCCAAUCCAACGACAACGUGUUCCGAAGUAUUGAGCUGUUUAGGGACCAGUUAAAGGGAGUCCACAUGGCCGUAUACGGGACCAUGCAGAGGCGGAGCAGGGGGAGUGGUGCAUGGGAGGAAGCUGGGAGGAGCUUCAACGAGGCCAUUGCCUGGAUUGGACAGCAGAAGCGUCUCAUAGAGACCUCUCCCUGGGGAGACGACUCUGCAGCCAUCGAGCAGCAGCUGAUCAGCCACAACAAGUUUCACAGCUCCAUACAGAGAAGUGCAGAGGUGGACAAAGCCAAGGAUGAACUGUUCAAGAAAGGAGACAAGGCCAACCAGCACGCUCUGGAUCAGGAAUGGGACACGCUGCAGAAAAUGUCUCAUGGCCGUAGCAACCAGCUGAGAGAGCUGCAGCAAAUCAUUGAGGAGAUCAGCAGAGAAAUCAUGUGGGUGAAUGAGAGAGAGGAGGAGGAGCUGGUGUUCGACUGGGGGGAGAAAAACAUCGACCUCUACAUUCCCAAGAAGCAGGAGAGCUACUCGAAACUGAUGAGUACCCUGGAGGAGAAGGAGAAAGACCUGAAUAAACUGAAGUUGAAAGUGGACAGCCUUCUGAAGAAUCAUCACCCUGCCUCUGACAAGAUCGAGGCCUACAUGGACACUCUGCAGACCCAGUGGAGCUGGCUCCUCCAGAUCACCAAGUGUAUUCAUGUCCACCUGAAGGAGAAUGCUGCAUACAGCCAGUUCUUCAAGGAGGCCAAUGAGACGUACAGCAAGCUGCAGAAGGAGCAUGAGAACAUCCGUAGGAAGUUCACCAGCGACAGGAACACACCUCUGGAAAACCUGCUGGAACUACUCAACAGCCUGGAGAUGGAGAAAGAGUGGAUCUUGGAGAAUAAGAGGCAGGUGCAGCACCUGGUCAACAUGUCCAAAAGCAUCGUGAGGCUGAGGCCACGUAACCCUGAGGAAGAGAAGAGCAGCAGUCCUGUUAUGGUACAGGCCCUGUGUGACUUCAAACAGGACCAGAAGGUAAUUCUGAAGGGCAACGAGGGCAUCCUGAAAGACAACUCCCAGCGUAGUAAGUGGCAGGUAACAGGACCAGGAGGACUGGACAUGCUGGUGCCUUCUGUCUGUCUGCUGGUGCCACCACCCAAUUCCCUGGGCAUCAACCUGGCCAACAAGAAUGAACAGUACUAUGAGGCCAUCCUGUCUGUGUGGAACCAGCUCUACAUCAACAUCAAAAGUCUCAUCUCAUGGCAGUACUGUGUCCAGGACAUCGCACGCAUCAACUCCCUCACCAUCACCAUGCUGUCCCAUAUGCGUCCUGAGGAGUACCGCAGCAUCCUGAAGGGUCUGGAGACCCACUACUCAGAGUUCAUACACUGUUGCCAUGGCUCUGAGAUGUUCAAGGACGAGGACAAGAGGAGCAUCGAGAGCCAGUACACUGGAGCCCAGGCUCACUACGACCAACUGGUGGUCCAGCUACCUGCUUACACUGCACAACAGACCGCCAACGAAGGGAGGAUCAAGGCAGAGGAGGAGGCUAGGAUACUGGUGGUCAAUCAAGAGGAGGCAAAGAAGAUAGAGGAGACCAAGAUAGUGGAGGUUAAGCAACAGGAUGUGAAAAAGGGGGUGGUUAAGAAGGUGAAGAAGAAAGUGGUGGUGACGUCACACAGCCUGACGGAGCUGCACACGCUCAGACAGCGCCUGGAGGAGGCGGAGGCGGGGCUUACCCAGCACAUCCAUAUCUGUCUGGGAGAGGACGGAGCGCACGACUGUGGCCUGAGGAUUAGCCAACUAGAGUCUGUACAGAGGGAUGUGAACUCUAUCCGUGAGGAGUACCAGCGUCUGAAUGAGCAUGUUCUGAAGGAACUAGAGGGCAUGACUGACUCUGACAAGGCCACGUUCUUACGCAGCCAACUCAGCCUCAUCAACGAGAGACUGGGCAGUCUGGACGGGUGCUCCGCCGCCUACCUACAGAGGCUGCGGGCUCUAAGGGCCCUCCUGGAGAGUGAGUCCAGGGCUGAGGACAUCAUUAAGGUCCACGAGGCCAGACUGACAGAGAAGGAGACCACAUCCCUAGAUCCUGCAGAGGUGGAGGACUACAGGUCCACUCUGAAGAGUAUGAGGGCAGAGCUGGAGGGGAAGAGGGACAUCCUGGUCUCCAUGGAGACUGAGCUCGGGAAGGCGGUCCACUGGAACGGCCAGGUGGGCGGAACCUUCCACAGGUGUGACGUGGACCUGUCCAGAUACAGUGAACAAGUCACCCAGCUGUCUGACCGCUGGAGACGCCUCCAGAGCCAGAUAGACUUCAGACUGAGGGACCUAGAGGGGUACCAGGGGCGACUCCAGCAGUACACCACCACUAGCUCAGUCCUCAGUGAGUGGAUCGGUACUACGCGUCAGAAACAGGACGCCCUGCAGGCCACCAAGAUAGACAGCAUCACAGCCCUAGACGAACACCUCAACCAGCAGAAGGCUCUGAACUCUGAGAUCAAGGUGAAGAGAGAGAGUGUUGAGAGUGUUCUGAGAGACACUGACGCCUGUGUGAACUCCAUCAAGGAUUAUGAGCUGGAGUUGGCUUCAUACAGUGCUGGUCUAGAGACUCUACUGAACAUCCCUAUGAAGAGGACCAUGCCACAGUCUCCUUCUACUCAGCUCACAGAGGAGGCUACUCUACUGCAGACCCGUUACAUCGAGCUGCUCACUCUGUCUGGCGACUACUACAAAUACCUGGGAGAACUACACAAGAACAUGGAAGAGCUCAAGAUGCGUAACACCAGGAUCGACCUGUUGGAGGAGGAGCUACGGCUCCUCAAAGAGGAUAUCAGGUACCGCAACACUAAGAACAGUUCUCUGGAGGAGGCGUUAGCUCGCUACCGGCUGGAGCUGUCCCAGUCGCAGGAGCAGCUCCACUCUGUGGAGGAGGUGAAGAGGAGCAAGGCCCUGCAGUGCAGCGUCACCCAGGACUCCCUUGCUUCCACACACAGCCAACUGAAGGAGCUGCAGGAGCAGGUGGCCCGCCUCACCUCCAUCAUCGAGGAGGAGAAGAGGAAGAGGAUGCUGGCGGAGGAGCGCUACAGGGAGCAGCAGGAGGAGCACGAGCAGGUGCUGAGGAGGAGGCAGAAGGAGCUGGAGGAGGCCAACUGGGCAAAGAUGGAGGUGGAGAAGAGUGUGGGGGACCGGGAUAGGGAGGCGGAGAGGCUACGGAGGCAGCUGGAGGAGGAGGUGCGACGCUGCAAGGACCUGGAGCAGGAGCUGUCUAAGGUAAGGAGCCAGUGCAGUGUGGAGAUCAGUAAACUAAAGCUCAGCUACGAGUCCCAGAUCACCUUCUGCAGGACAGACAUCCAGCACCUGUCUGCCCAGAGGGAGGAGGUGGACCAGGGCAUCAGACUGCAGUGUGAUAAGCUAGAGGCCGAGAGGAGAGACCAGGAGGACCAGCUCAGGAGGCUAAAGGUGUGUCUGAGCCAGGCCGAAGAGCAGAGGAGGAGGGCCGAGGAGGAGGCGCAUGCUCAGAAAUCUGUGGUCACAGAGGAGGUGCGGAGGAGGAGGGAGCUGGAGGCUCAGGUGGAGAUGUUAGUUAGGGAGAGAGGGGAGGACAGUAAUCAGUAUAGAGAGGAGGUGUCAGAGCUCACAAAGGCCCUGAAGGAGAGGAGCGGCCAGCAGGUUCUCCUCACACACAGCCUGGAGGAGGAGCAGAGGAGGAGGAGAGCCCUGGAGGAGGAGAGGAUCAGGCUUGAGCUGCUCCUGGGGGAGAUUCAGGCCAAGCAGGCCUCCUACUCCCAGGCUGUCACCCGGGUGAGAGAGUUGGAGGAAGAGCAGGUUAGCAUCAGUACAGAGUUUAAGAAGGAGAAUGGUGAGAAGAAUAAGGCAGAGCAGAGUGUAACCAGGUUACAGGGACAGGUCAGGGAGCUGCAGGCCACGGCUGAUAGGCUAGAGGGGGAGGCAGAGGCCCUGAGGAGAACCAACCAGGAGGAGGUGACCAAGAGGAGGCACGUGGAGACAGAGCUCCAGAAAACCACCCUCACCAUGCGGGAGUACACCAGCACCAUCGCCACCCUACGCCGGAGCCAGGAGGAGGCCCAAACCACAGGGAGGAGGGGAGAGGAGGAGCACAGGAAGCUCCAAGUGGAGCUGGAGAGUAGGUUGAAGGAGUUCAAGGCCUCCACUGAGCGCCUGACGUCCCUGAGCUCGGAGCUGAAGUCUCUCCAACAGCAGCUCCUCCAAGAGCAGGCUAAAGUCCGUGAGGCAAACAUGCGCAAUGAAACACUCUACAAGACCAUUGAGGAAAAGAGCCUGGCACUCAACGAGAACUCUGUAGAACGGGAGAGACUCCAGACCCUGACCCAGACACUGACCAAGGAGCGACUGCGGCUCGAGGAGGAGCUGAGGGGAGUGAAGCACGAGAGAGAGGAGUUGCUGAGAACCAGGCAGGGGGCUGAUGAUGAGCUGGUGUCCCAGAACACUGCUCUGGAGCUGCAGCUAAAGAGCAGCUUGAGAAGCAGCGUGGAGACCCAGAUCCUCGUGGCAGAGCUCUCUUCAGAGAGGGAGAAACUCAGGAUGGAGAUAGAUCAAGUCCAGAGGCAGGCCAUGGAGACCUCCUCUCUGAUCCAGUCUACCAAGACCCAGUACAGUGAGAUGGUGGUGGAGAGAGAUGCUCUUCUGCUAAAGCUGAAACAGACAGACCAGGACAGGGCCAGGUCCCAGAAGCUGGAGGAAGAACUAAACCGCAUCAAACUCUCUCUGGAGUCCGAGUUACGCCUCAAACUACGUCUGCAGGAGGAGAACGAGAAGGUCAAGAAUGACUUCCUGUACUGGAAGGGCCAGUACGAGUCCAAGGAGGGUGCGGUGAGGCAGUUCGACUCCGUGAAGGCGAAACUGGAGCGGGAGAGGAGCUCUCUUGAGACUGAGAUUGAGCGGCUGAUGAGAGAGCUGAGGGAGGGGGAGGACAGGUAUAAGAGCAGGCUGCUGAUCACGCAGACCCAGCUCUCUGAAUUGACCUCUGUCAGAGACACCCUGGAGGCAGAUUUGAGGAAACUCAGGAAGCAGCAUGACGCCUGCGCCAAACACACCCAGACGGACGAGAACGGGAAGAAAGACCUGGACCCCGCCACACUGGUUUUCGACGGUGUCCGUAAGACAGUGACAGCCAAGCAGCUGCUAGACUGCGGGGUCAUCGACAAGUCAACCUAUGGCCAGUUGUUGAAGGGUCAGAAGACGGUCCGUGAGGUAUCUGUGGACAUCAAACUGAAUCUGAAAGGGACCGGCAUCAUCGCUGGUGUUGCUGGAGACGGUCAGGAUAAAAUGACUCUCACAGAGGCCAAGAGAGCCAACAUCCUCUCUAAAGACAGCGCCACCUUGCUGCUGGAGGCCCAAGCUGCCACAGGCCACAUAGUGGAUCCCAGAGCCAACGAGAAGAUGUCGGUGGAGGAGGCAAUUAAGAGAGGAGUGGUGGAUGAGGAGGAUAGAGAGAGGUUGCUGGCUGCAGAGGCUGCCUGUCUGGGGUACCGCGACCCCAAUACUACCAAGCCCCUGUCAGCAGGCCAGGCUAUGAGAAAGGGCCUGAUCAAUAGAGACACAGCUCUACGGAUGCUGCAAGCCCAGGAGUCUGUUGGGGGCAUCAUAGACCCGGUCCUCAGUGUCUUCCUCCCUAAAGAUGCAGCCAUGGACCGGGACCUGAUUGACGAGGACCUGUACAGGGCCUUAAACCAACGACCUGAGUGUUACCUGGACCCAGACACCCAGAUGGGAAUCAGCUACGUCUCCCUAAAGAGGAGAUGCAAGUCCGAACCCACCACUGGUCUCCUGCUCCUCCCUGCCCCAGAGAAGCCCAUUACGGUGAAGGGUCUCAGGGGAGAGGUGUCUAUCAAGGAUCUGAUGGAUGCUAACCUCUUGGAGAAAUCGGACAUGGACCAACUGAAGGAUGGAAAACUGACCAGCCAGGACAUCGAGGACCGGUUGAGGUCGUACCUCCAAGGCUCCACCUGCAUCGCAGGGGUUUAUGACGAGGCCAACCACAAGACCCUAUCCAUUUACCAGGCCAUGAAGGAAGGGUUACUGAGGCCCGGCACAACCCUGGAGCUCCUCGAAGCCCAGGCUGCCUCGGGAUUCAUGAUCGAUCCCAUCAACAACCUCUGUCUGACCGUGGCCGAUGCCUACAAGAGCGGCCUCGCUGGGCCCGAGUUCAAAGACAAACUCCUGUCUGCAGAGAGGGCCGUCACCGGGUACAAAGUCCCAGGCACGGACAAGAUCAUCUCCUUGUUCCAAGCCAUAGAGAAGGGGCUGAUGGAGAAGGGACAUGGGAUCCGUCUACUAGAGGCUCAGAUUGCCAGUGGUGGCAUCAUCGACCCCAGGCACAGCCACCGCAUCGAGGUGGAGACUGCCUAUAAGAAGGGCUACUUCGGCAAGGAGAUGAACCAGAUCCUGACAGACGAAGCAGACGUCUCCAAGGGCUUUUUCGAUCCCAACAACCAGGACAACCUGACUUAUCUCCAGCUAAAGAAACGCUGCAUCAUAGACCAGAAGACUGGCCUGGUUCUCCUGCCCAUCAAGGACAAGAAGAAGGAGCCUCCACAGACAACGACACAGAAGAAUACUCUGAGGAAGAGGAGGGUGGUGAUCGUAGACCCAGACACCAAUAAGGAGAUGAGUGUGAAGGAAGCAUACGACAAGGGGCUCAUCGACUACGAGACCUUCCUGGAGCUGUCGCAGCAGGAGUGUGAGUGGGAGGAGAUUACGAUCACAGCCCAGGAUGGAUCCUCGCGAUUGGUCAUCAUCGACAGGAAGACUGAGAUCCAGUAUGACAUCAGAGAGCUGCUAGAGAAGAAGGUGAUUGACCAAUCAGUGUACGACCAGUACCGAUCCCAGAAAAUCACUCUCGCACAGUUUGCUAAAAUCAUCACCAGCAAGACCAACUCCACCAGAUCCUCCUCCUCCUCAACAUCCUCAUCCAAAACCAGAGCAUCAGCAACAUCAGCAUCCUCCCUGUCUUCACCAACCACCACCUCUCAGCGGAUCACUUCCAACAAGGCUGAGAAGACGAGCUCCAUCCUUGGUGGCUCCACCACUGGUAGCUCCACCAUAAAUGGUUCCAGCAUUGGCAGCUCCUCUGGUGGCUCCCUUGGCAGUUCCAUCACCUCCAGAACCACCACCAUCAGCUCCUCUACCCAGCCCGAUGGCCAUCCCUCCCACAGCUCCCUGAAGAACAGCGCCAGCAUCUCGGUCUCCCUGGCUGGCCCUGCUGAAGCUGUGGUCUUGGAUGGGGAGCGAAGCCCUGUGGGCGCCAUCUUUGACAUGGAGGCCCUAGAGAAGAUUUCCAUCUCUGAGGCCCACAAACGUGGCCUGGUGGACAGCAUCUCUGCCCAGAGACUACUGGAGGCCCAGGCUUGCACAGGAGGCAUUGUAAACCCUUCCGAUGGCAGGCGCCUGUCCAUCCAGGAGGCCUCCCGCCAGGGGAUCAUCGAGAAUGACAUGGCUACCAGGCUGAAGCCUGCCCAGAAGGCCUACAUUGGGUUUGAAGACAUCAAGUGUAAACGCAAGAUGUCCGCCGCCGAGGCCAUGAGGGAGAAGUGGCUUCCCUAUGAGGCGGGCCACCGCUUCCUGGAGUUCCAGUUUGUCACUGGAGGCCUGUAUGACCCGGAGCUAGGCCACAGGAGAACCAUCGAGGAAGCUCUCAAAGUGGGCUGGCUGGACGGGAGGGCAGCCCAGAAGCUCCAGGACAUGAGGCACCACGCCAAGAACCUAACCUGUCCCAAGACAAAGCUGAAGAUCUCUUAUAAAGAAGCGUUGGAUAACUGCUUGUUGGAGGAGAAUACGGGAGUCAAGAUGCUCCAGGCUGCCUCCACCUCCUCCAGAGGGAUCAGUAGUCCGUACAACUUCUCUUCGGCUCCCGGGUCCACCUCGGGCUCCAGGACCGGGUCGAGGACGGGCUCGCGGAGAGGCAGCGUGGACCUGGGGUCGCCUAGCUCCUCCAGCCGAUACAGCGUCAUAAGCAGCUCCACAUACAGCCGCACCUCCUUCAGUUCUAGCUCCAUUUCAUAGGGGAAAGAGGGAAAACGAUUAAUUAAUUAAUUAAUUAACUUAGUUGUCUUACUCUUUGCAUACUUUUAGUUUUUGUUUUUACAUAUUACCUUUUGCUUUACUUAUGUAAGGAAAACCUGCUUAUUGGUCAGUUAGAAAUGUGCCUGUCCUAGAUAGAGGUACCAUCACAUGUUGUUUGUUCUGUUUAAAGUGGUAAAAGAUGGAUAAGAAUGGAAAAACACAUUUGUAGGUGUUUGAAUUGAAGUAAAAUUUUAAGUAAAACUUUAUGUAUACUGAGCAAAAAUAUGAAACGCAACAUGGAACAAUUUCAAAGAUUUUACUGAGUUACAGUGUAUAUACAAGGAAAUCAGUCAAUUUAAAUAAAUAAAUUAGGUCCUAAUCUAUGGAUUUCACAUGACUGGGCAAGGGUGCAGCCAUGGGUGGGCCUUGGAGGUCAUAGGCCCACCCACUUGGCAGCCAGGCGCACCCACUGGGGAGCCAGGCCCUGCCAAUCACAAUGAGUUUUUAGUCCUCAGCAACCCCCCACACACACCCCCCUCAGACAAUCCCGUAGGUCAAGAAGCCGAAUGUGGAGGUCUUGGGCUGGCGUAGUUACACGUGGUCUGCGCUUGUGAAGCCGGUUGUACGUACUGCCAAAUUCUCUAAAAACGACAUUGGAUGUAGCUUAUUGUAGAGAAAUUAACAUUAAAUUCUCUGGCAACAGCUCUGGCGGACAUUUCUGCAGUCAGCAUGCCAAUUGCACGCUCCUUCAAAACUUGAGACAUCUGUGGCAUUGUGUUGUGUAACAAAACUGCACAUUUUAAAGUGGCCUUUUAUGGUCCCCAGCACAAGGUGCACCUGUGUAAUGAUCAUGCUGUUUAAUCAGCUUCUUGACAUGCCACACCUGUCAGGUAGAUGGAUUAUCUUGGCAAAGGAGAAAUGCUCACUAACAGGGAUGUAAACAAAUGUGUGCACAAAAUUUGAGAGAAACAAGCUUUUUGUGCGCAAGGAACAGUUCUGGGAUUUUUUAUUUUGUCUCAUGAAAUAUGGGACCAACACUUUACAUGUUACGUUUAUAUUUUUGUUCAGUGUAAAUUGGCUUUGUUCUCUCAGACAGCAUGAUACGACCACUUCGUUGUCAGACAUGUUUCCAAACUCCAUAGUACUACAGUUUAAAUUUGAUUCAUUUUGGUGACAAUAAUUAAAAAAUGUAAUGAAUGUAUAAAAGGUUGGAUGUGUGUUUGUGUUUUGGAGAAGAUUAAUAGGUGUUAUGUUUACUUUGAAUUUGGAAGUACAGUAGUGUUUUUUGCAUGGGAUGUGAGGUGUCAUAACAUUGCUUAGUGUUUAUACUGUUAGUGUAAUAUGGGGCUGUCUUCUUUUAACACAUGGUAACAAUUUUUCUAUUUCUUAAAAUAAAAUGUUACAUCAUU